AUGGAUCGCAAAGCAAAAGCGGGUGGGCAGGUUGCUAUUUGGUCAGAAAUCAUAGGAGCAUCGGAGUCGGAGGAGCAACAAUCCACAAACACAACAACCCAACUCAUCUAUCACCGAAGACGACCGCCACCUCACACUCGCACUACCCCCUCCGAGUCAGUGGAGGUGCUGGAAACCAGUAACCGCAAUCGCCUCAGUUUGGUUGCUGCUAACAAGCGUGUCAGUUGGAAUCGCUCGCUUUCCACCAGAGGGAGGACAAGUAUUGCUGUUGGUCCUUGUGAGAAGAAUCUACCACAACCUAAGCAGGCCAAGAGAAGGGGAAAACCACCUGUUCCUAAAGGAAAGUUUCCAGAACCUCUAAGCUUUGAGGAGGAGAGAGAAUACUUUCAAGAGGUUGAUGCCUUUGAGUUAUUGGAGGAGAGCCCGUCACCAAAACACUUUGGGACAUGGGCCACGGGCAAUCAAACUGUCACUGCUCCCAUACCACAUGUUUCAUCCAGAUUAGAGAAGUGGCUCUUUUCAAAGAAGAUGAACUUCAGUUGUGGGCCUUCUAGCACAUUGUCCAAAAUAUUAGAAGCUCCAGCUUCCCCAAUGGAUUCUAUAUAUAGUGAUGGUCUGAAAUUUUCAAGUUUAAGAACUCCAGAAAAGUGCAAUCCGAUAUCCACAAGUGGUGGUGAUGACGGCUGUCAAGAUAUAAAUGCUGCUAUUAGGAAGCUUUCCCUGGCGUCUACACCAACAUCGUCAGAUCUUGAUCAUGUUGAUCCAUUUUCUGCUUUACUGGAAAUUUGUCAACAGUCAGCACCGUCAAAGCUUCUUGAUCUUUUCUCCAAGUAUUGUGAUCCAGAAAGUAUUGCCAAAGUUGGUGAAGGUACUUAUGGAGAAGCCUUCAGAGCAGGCAACACUGUGUGCAAAAUAGUUCCAUUUGAUGGAGAUUUUCCAGUAAAUGGAGAAGUACAAAAGAAAUCAGAAGAAUUGCUUGAGGAGGCUGUACUCUCACAAACUCUUAAUAGUUUACGGGAAUUCAAAGAUGAUGUUUUUAAUGCUUGCACGACCUUUAUUGAAACAAUUGAUUUAAAGGUUUGCCAAGGUCCGUAUGAUGCAGCAUUGAUUAGAGCUUGGGAAAAAUGGGAUGAAAAGAAUGGCUCAGAAAAUGAUCACCCCAAAGAGUUCCCAGGGAAACAGCGCUAUGUCGUCUUUGUUCUACAACAUGGUGGUAAAGAUCUUGAAAGCUUUGUACUCAAGAACUUUGAUGAAGCACGAAGUUUAUUGGUUCAGGUUACAGCUGCCCUGGCCGUGGCUGAAGCUGCAUAUGAGUUUGAACACCGUGACCUGCACUGGGGAAACAUACUUUUGAGCCGAAGGGACUCUCACACUAUGAAGUUUAUUCUUGAGGGCAAGAAAAUGUUCAUUAGGACAUUUGGGUUAUUGGUAUCAAUAAUUGAUUUUACAUUGUCGAGAAUAAACACUGGAGAAAGUAUAUUCUUUUUGGAUCUAUCGAUGGACCCCUAUCUUUUCAAAGGUCCAAAAGGAGACAAACAAUCAGAAACAUAUCGAAAAAUGAAAGAAGUUACAGAAGAUUACUGGGAAGGAAGUUUUCCCAGAACAAAUGUGCUAUGGCUGUUAUACUUGGUGGAUAUAGUGCUGCUGAAGAAAACAUUUGUACGUUCUUCAAAGAAUGAGAGAGAUUUGCGGUCUUUGAAGAAGCGUCUGGACAAAUAUGAUUCAGCUAAAGAAGCAAUUUUUGACCCUUUCUUCAGUGAUUUGUUAGUGGACCCCACCACGCCUUGUGAAUAAUACACUAACAGGAGGUGUUACAUAGAAGUGGAAGAAAAAAGUUGAUUUCUCCCUUCCCUUGUACAUUAUAGCAGGAGGUCUGCCAACAUUGGAUAUGGAUCAUAACCACAACUUGACAGACCUUACAGUGAUAAUGAAUCAUAAUGUUGUGUUUGUUAAUAAUAUGGGAAAUUGUAAUUUAUAUUCUACUCGUAUUGACAAAUGGAUGGGAUAUCAGUUGUUAAUGAAGCUUUGAAUCUUUCUUUCAUUCAAGUGAUAUUCCUCUGUGACACUAUUGUCAUAUCUAUAUAUUGCUGGGCAAUAAUGUUGCAUUAUAUCCUUACAGUAUCACCAUCCCUGCAAUUUUCUGGUAUCAAUUCAUUUCUUUCUCUUAGCCCUCACAUUUAAGUAUCAUAUUCACAUCACAUGAAGGGGUUUUACUUUUACUUCUUUUCACCAAGACCAAAGCCUACUGAGACAUUCAUAACUUCUCUUUCUUUCUUUAAGUUGAUGUUUUUGAAUAUAAACUCUUCGAACUGAAAUACUGUGUUCUUUUUAUAUA